AUGCCGUUCCCGGAGUCAUCGCCCGGUCCAGGAUGGGCUACCCUCCAACCUGGAGAAGAGAGCGGUGCUUCGUCUCCCGUGUCCCAGUCGUCGAAUGACGAGCUGGAGCCAGAGGAUGAUGAGUUAGGACACUCAAACACCGCAACGCAGAAACGCAGAGCCCCAGUGGGAGCGUCUCCAAAGGAGAGGAAAAGGCAGAGAGUGCUUGACACGGAGACAAGUGGUGACCUUCCAGCUUACACGUUGAGCGGUCGACCAGUUCCGCGCAAGCGUAAGCAACCUGCUAAGUCCGUUGCGGCAAGUCCGCUCUCGACUGCUCUGCACAGCUCUUCCAAGAACCCUUCUUCUGAGCGACAUGAAGCAGUGGCAUCGAGAGAGAAUGCUGAUUCUCCUGACAUUCCUGAGCUUUCGACGUUACUAUCUCGAGCACGGGGCAGCCAGCGACGACCGUCCAAUGGACUUACGUCGUCACCGACGAGGGACAACCGUGCAAGAGCAUCACCCGCGUCACAAUAUAAGCCAGAGUCUCGUCUCCCCAGAGAUCCUCAGCUUUUUUCGGCGUUUUUCACCCCGAGAGAUAAGGGAAAAGACAAAUCCAAGCCCCAGAGUUCGCCUCAAACAGCACCUCCCGCUUUUCGAUGGCCUAAACAUAGGAAAAGCACCUCGUCCAGCACUAAUGGAGCUGACUUCAUCGAUCUGGCACCCUCACAUCCUCGCCUAUCGUUCUCGCAAACGGGUCGCAAGACUGAUCCCAUUGAGCUCCAGUCCGACAGCGAGAACGAGCAAGACACGCCCUCGGUUGUGCGAGUCAAACCACCUUCCUCUACACCUGCAAUUCGUCAAGACACCGAUGUUAUUGACCUUUGUAGUGAUGAUGAGGAAGGUCGAGAGGAUCACUUGGCUCUCCAGCAGCCUAUUACAUCUAGCCCCGCUGCAAUGUCGCCGCCUGCCUUCCCUGCCAUAAAUAAUCCCGAGCGAAAUGCAGAGAUAGAAGAUGCUACAAUUGGUGAGGAUAACAUUGCUCAGGAAGCCCAUGAACCCAUGCCGGACCCCGUCUUCGAUAACGACGACGCUCUUCGCAUGAACGAGUCGCCGGGUCCGGAUCUCGGAGAUGAAGACCCAUUAGACUUAGCACAAACUGUCGGGACUGAUGCGGACCCUCCAGAGGCGUCAAAUGACAGGCUCGCCGGUCCUGAAGAUAGUGCGGUUCAACAUCAAACGGAAAACUCACCUGUUGACAUUCAGGGCUUACAGCACUUCUCUCGGGAGCCAAAUUCGGGCCAAGCCGUAUUGUCCACAGGACAUGAUGCCGGUGAUCUUGAUGACAACUCCCCGGACUCCUCUACUGCACUUCCGGAGGAGCUGAACACGUGUCCCAUCGAGUCUCUUCGCACAACAGCAAGCAACCUUACUAGCGACUCUCCUUCACAAAGUCCAUCUUUAGCAGAGCGCUCGCCUUCUGCAUCCGCCAAACCAUCCAAUAAAGCCGUCUAUAAGGGCUCCAAAUAUUCCCGCGAGACAGGUCUAUGGGCACGCUUUUAUCGUCGAAGGUCUAGUCAACAAACCAGCCGUGGCUCGCUCUCUCAAGCAGAACCGUUUCUCUCUCAACAGCCCUCCGCAAGCUCUAACCAACUGGGGAACGAGACCCCUCCACCUCGUAGCCCUCCGCCGGCGGAUAUCCUUGAGCCCACAUCGCCUAGUCAAGGGUAUGAGUUGUCUGAUUCAAGUGAAGGCAGAGUGGAAGACCUACUGGAGCCUGGCCAAUAUGUGUCGCGCGGUGAAGUGGAGCACGGUAUUCAGCCGAGCAAUGACGAUUGUCCUACUCCUCAAGCCACAGCUGAAAUGUCGGGAGACAAGGACUCUGGUCCAUCACAGGAUAAAGAUCCCGUAUCUCCUUCCAGCGAGGACCCCUUGCCAUUUGUGCGACCUGAACUGGGAGUUACGUUUGUUGCAGCGGGUCCACUACCGCGACCCUAUUCCGGUGACGAAAUAUAUCCUACUUCGGCGACGCUCUUCCCCCACAACCAAGAGGAGCAGCAGGUUAUUGAUCUAACGAUCGACUCCGAGGACGAAAACAUAAGUGACUCGGAAGCAAUUUUGGCUGAAGCAUUACGAUUGAGAGCAGUGCUCCCUAACUAUGAGAGUGACUUGACUGGGGAAAGCGAGGAUACCUACGAUGCAGAGCACGCGCUUCCGUUCACUACGGCCGUUACUUCUUCUGAAGGGAGUCCUCUUAUGCUUGUGCAACGUCCAAUUACCCCUGAAGAAAUGUCGGAGAUGCGUAAUGAGUUAUUAGGUCCUUCUAGGCGCGGAGCUAGGCUUCGUGUUCCCUCUACGGUAGAUCCUGUGAUGAAUGAGAGCUCGCAUGUACCUGCGAGACUCUCCAUGCCACAGCCGUCUUCAUCGCAGCAUCUGUUUCCCAGCGUACCUGAAGCGAUUAGCGCAAGUUCUGAGAAACCCUUCGCCGAUAAAGCUGGCUCAGAGCACCCUGCUCUAGGUUUUUUUGAGGGAGAUGCAGUGGACGGUCAUGCAUCGGAUACAGCGUCUUCGGACGAGGAGAUGCCGCUUUCUCGUCGUGCACAACGCUUCUAUUCGCCCGUCUCUUCCCAAGGAGACGCGAUGGACCUCGGAUAUCCCGAUUCUUACCAGGCAAGCUUCCGAGUUGGACGGCGAAACGACUAAUCGGCCGCGUGCACGGCUGAGAUCUCGAGGCUCACGUUCUGUGCGCUCGUCUCGUCCAUCUUCGGCUUCUCACUCGUCCCCAGAAACGGAAGGCUCACAAUCAAGCCUCCCAAUGGAUAUAAUAGAUGCCAACUUGGAUGAGCUGACCUCUAGACCGGGUCGAAUCCGUGCAAG